AUCUGGUCGCGGUCCACUGUUGCCCGCUGGAGCAAGUCUGUUUGUGUACUGUGCCUACGUUGUUUCUUGGGCACAACGGGUUUUUCUAGCGGAAAUUUAGACAAGAAAGAGUCCUGGUGACUAAGAGCUGCAGAACAAAACGAAGAAGAAGAAAGAAGAGUGAGGCCCGAAGGAGACGUCAUCAGAGCGCUCCGGAAGUGGUCCGAAGAUGAAGGCUGUGAUUUACCGUGCAUUUCCUCACAAAGAAGCCAGAGAGCACGAUGUGCAGGAGCUGGGAACCCAGCGGGCUGAGGCCUUUGUGAGGGCCUUCCUGAAGCGGACUAUCCCGCACUUGAGCCAGCAAGACUGUGAGAGCCAUCUGCAGCGCAAGGCUGUGGUCUUGGAAUACUUCACUCGCCAGAAGCCAAAGCAGAAGAAGAAAUCCAAAGGCCUGUCUUCCAAACAGAGGAGAGACAUGAGGCUCUUUGACAUUAGCCCAGAGCAACAGAGAUACAGUCUCUUCCUCCCUCUGCAUGAUCUCUGGAAGCAGUACAUCCGUGACCUGUGCAACGGACUCAAGCCAGACACGCAGCCGCAGAUGAUUCAAGCGAAGCUCCUGAAGGCGGAUCUUCACGGUGCUAUUAUUUCAGUGACAAAAUCCAAGUGCCCCUCCUAUGUGGGGGUCACAGGAAUCCUCCUGCAGGAGACCAAGCAUGUCUUCAAGAUCAUCACCAAAGAAGAUCGACUGAAAGUUAUCCCCAAGCUAAAUUGUGUGUUCACUGUAGAAAUUGAUGGCUUCAUUUCCUACAUUUAUGGAAGCAACUUCCAGCUUCGGUCAAGUGAGAGAUCUGCCAAGAAGUUCAAAGUAAAGGGAACAAUUGACCUGUGAAUUCUUUGCCACUGGCUACAGAUGUUCCUGGCAGCUGAGAACUGGAAACACCUUAAAUACCCAUUUUUCCAUGAAGCACUUUCUGGCUGUGGCCCGUCUCGACUCCAGGGAAAAAAGAGUGACUGAAGAACAUUGAACAACAAAGGAGGAAGUCGGGGGUAGAGAUUUGUCUCUCCAGGGAGGAAAGACUAGCAGAAAAUACACCAGGACUAACCUUGGGUGAUUUGAAGAAGGUGGCCAUUGGGUUCUGUCUUUCAUACAUUCCUAUGUUUCUGGAACAUUCUGUGGUGAAUGAGUUCAGUCAAUAAUGAUAUAUUUGGACAUCUUAGUUCCAUUUUGGCUGCUAUAUUUUUAACCUUUCUACUGUGUAAGACCAGAUGAGGUCUUUCUGCACAUGGCCAUUGGAACUGCAGGUCAGGACCAGCAUUAAAAAUGGCUGGGGUCCAGCUACUCUGUGCCAGUAUUGAGGGGGCCUUGUCAUUGACACCUGGUUCAGAGGGGCCAGUUGCCCCUUGUUUGUAAGAGGUGUGUGACUGCUGGCCGGCUCAGAAACUGCCCUGGCAAUGGUAGGUGACAGCACAUCCAGCACUCACCCAGGUCAGCAGUGGUGCUGGGGGUCAGUUCCUCAGUGCCUCCCACUCAGACUGCGCUGAAUAGAAGAGGAAUGAGUUACCCUGAUGGUCUUUAUAUGACAGAAAAACAGCCUACUCCCUCCCGGAAACCAAAGUGCAAGCCCAAGUCCCAGAGAUUAUCUAGGCCCUGGUUGUCAACAUCAUCUAGACAUUCCUCAUGGCCCUGCCCCAUCCCACCUGACCCCCGUGUUACCACACAGUCCUUGCCACCCAGGUUCAGGGCAUACAUGACUCUCAGCCUGAAAAUGAUCAUUGUCCGAGGUCUUAUGGACUGGUAAAGAAAGGCUAAGAUCUGAACCAGAAGAGCUGGCUCCAGAGUCAAGUUCUUCCCAGGAGGACAGCCACAGGGGGGUGAGAGAGACUGCUAAGAGUGUGUGUAUGUUCCUUAUUUACCCUGCGCUCUACCAAGGAACUCUCCUGUGUAGAGUGACUGCUGUUCUGGCUGGCUGAAAGUACGCAGGUGCUGCACCUUCAGAGCAGACCUGUUCAGCCCCACCCUCUGUGAUGCAAGGGGCGCACUAUGUUGCAUAAACACGGUUGCUUCCCAGAAAAGCUGCUGGUGCCACUUGCCAAGUGAAGCAUGUUACUGCUGGCCCCAACUCAAGUGUCCAUUGACUCACUAAGGACAUUCUCUCUCAAGGGAGACAAUGUAAUGCUCACCUGCCAUAGAGUCUCUGCUCUUCACCUUGUCUGGGAUGUGUUGCUGUUGUUUCCCUGACCUUCCCAGGGGACCAAGGUCCCCAGCAUCCUCCCAGAUACUGGUCCUGAGGAAGUGCACUUGGUAUUACAUACAGCAUGACUAUCCAAGUCCCCACAACUUCAUGGAGAGGGGUAUGGUACUGGCACUUGUGACUGUCUCCAAGGAAUAGGACUGUGGUAGAAAUGAGAUUUGGGGUGUAGAGAGUCACAUGACAACCAACUCUGUUGAAUGUAAACCAUGCACUACAAAAACAUGAGCCCCAUGCAGAAUGCCAUAGAAGUCAAUGGGAAGAACAGUUGGCACCUCAAGAAAGAGCUCAGACUGCUGUCGAAAUUGGUUUCUGCUAAGGCUUCCUCCUGACUCGUCAACAGCCACCUCUCUGUGCGUAUGGUCUGUCCUCAAGAGGGGAGCUCUAGUGUGCCUCUUACGAUGGUGUGAUGAGAAGAGAUGAUAACACCUCAUCUAUGACCCGUUUAUCCUUCGUCACCUCAUAAAGAUCCUAUCUCCAAACAGUCGUGUUGGAGGUUAGAGCUUCAACACAGGAAUUUGAGGGUAGUUAGUAACGACUGAAAUGUUCCUAAUUAGAAAAGUUGGCUAUGCCUCCCAGGACGGUGCCAGUGUCCAGUCUGGACCCCAUCACAGGCAAUGGUCUGGGUUUCUUUGCUGUAUGCUAUGCUUGGGACACCAGGCAGCUCAGCCUAACUGUUAGGCUACGAGCUCACAUUUUCCUGAAUUUCAUGGGCUUUGACUUAAGGUGCACGCACAGUAUCCAGAGUCCCGGAGUUGUCAGCAGCCAAACUCCUCCCUCCUUGUUCCACUGGAGCCAGCAGUCAGGAGGGAAAUGUGGAGAGGGAGGGGUGGUUAAUGUCUACACGGCUGGAUUGGGAAAUGCUUUGAAAAGGGCACUUGGUGUGUUUCUGAGGGCUUCCAGAGAGGAUUAACUGAGGUGGAAGAUCCACCCUAUACAUGGGAAGUUUCAUUCCCUAGGGUCAGGAGCUAGAAACAGUAGAAGGAAGCUUGCUACAACACAGGCAUCCUUGCUCUCCACUUCUCUAUCACGUGCCCUGUCCACUGUGCCUUCCCUGCCAUAAUGGCUGACGCUGUAGCAAAAUAAUGCCUUCCUCAUGUCACGUGUGUCAGGGAUUUUAUCACAGGGACAAAAAGUCCAACAUGGGAGAUGGGCAGAGUUGGCCCCGAGGGGAGCUGUGGAAUAUGACGAAUUAAAUCACACCCAGGUCAGAAACCUGAAGAACCCAGGAAAUCAGAGCAAGGCUUGGGAAGGUCUCCCUAGGGGAGGAGAAAUGGGAAGGGGACAUGUGACCACUAGUCUCAAUGGCGAUGCCUCAGGUUGUACCCAGCUCUCUAAUGGUGGGGAAGACACGGCAGGAACUAGCUUUGUAAACCAAGGGGCAGGUUACAAAACCCUGAUCUUCUCAUCAACACCUGAAAUCUUUCAGGGUCUCCGAGCUUCCGUCUGUCAGGUGAGACAACUUGACUGCAUGAAGGCUCCUCGAUCAGGCUGCUGGGAUUCCUGCAGCAGCAUAAGCAGACACAUGUCUGCAGCAGCUGUCCUAUGCUGCAUGUCAGCCAUACUGAGUCAGGACCCAGGAGUGGAACUCACAUGUCUAUGUGUUUGUGUAACACCACCUGCUUCCUCCAGUCACCAGUAUUUGAAGAUGGUACUUUCCAGAUGGCAUCUAAGUCUCAGUCCUGACAUCUGAUUUGACCAUAGAUUCUUAGGCCAGUCUUUUCUAGAUGCGGGAAAGGAUCAUCCAGUGACCAGGCUCUCAGAUUCUGAAUAAUAAACAUGAA